GCGCGGGCCACCGUAGCGCGAGGACGUGACACCCUCGUGCUGCGCCGUGACAGACAUUAGUGCGUGCGUGCGUGCGUUCGUACGUACGUUCGUGCGUGCCUUUCGCCCGGAUAUCCGGCCUUCCAUUUCUUUUUUUUUUUUCUCUUCGCGCUUCCUCUUUUCUUUUUUUUCUCGUUUUAUUGUCGUUUUAUCGAUUAUUUUUGCUUCGUGUAUGCGUGCGUGCGUGCGUGCAUGCGUGCACCCAUUUCUCAGAGAACUUUACUUACGAACUUUCGCAGAAAUUCGUACUCUAUCGCGCCGCGCGCCAAACUCUACGUGUAUAUAUGUAUAUGUGUAUAUAUUGUAUUUGGUUUCUCGUCCCGUUUAUGUACUUUCUUUCUUCCGUUUCUCGUUCACUCUCUAAACGCGCUCUGGGCAGAUAAUCAGCCGGAUAAUAAUGCAACCUGUUAUUAUGCACACGAAUCACGAAUUCAGACGAAGACGAAUAUCUCGCGGGAGAAAUCAUCCCUCUAAGGAACUAAAGUCCAACAGGGAUCGGGAAUUACUGACAUAAAUCCAGCCCUUUAGAUUUUAUCCAAGCCCGUCAGGACCAACCGCCAAAAUACAUCUGCACCGACGACGCGUCAAUGUGGCAAAGGGACAACGAUAAAGAGAUAAGCGUCGCGUCGCGCUCGCGAUACGUCGCAGGGUAGCGAGCGACGCUCGAUCGCGCUCUCGGAUAGAAGAGAAAAAUCAUGCGUCUCCUGACGGCGACCGGCGCCGAUACCGAACCCGCACGCAGGACCCAGGAUGUAUCGUUGGUCAGCGAUGUUGGCUCGCGCGGAUCCGAGAAGUGCGGCGGCAGCAGCAGCAGUGGGUGUAGCAGCAGGGACCACGGAAUCCGCGACGGCGUCGUCUACGAUCGCGGCCACGUCAACGACAACGGCAGCAACGAUAAUCGCGCUAGCGGCGACGAUUUCUGGGCAUGUACGUCUUCUAUCCGGCGGACGAGCUCCUGCGUAUCUAUGAGAAUCCGAUUCGGGAAUCCGUGUCAUUGACUGUCAACGACGCAGCAAUAAACAACGGUUAUCAGGAGGUGGCAAACCAGCAACGAUAUUAUCAGCCGCAACAGCAACAACGAAUCGUCGUCGCGUCGGACGACGUUCGUAAGCGUAAGAAGGAGAGAAAGCGGGAGACUGGUCAGACAGCCAGCAGGAGGCGAACUGUGCGUAACGGCGGCGGCAACGUCGACAAGAAAGAAGAACGACGGAGUAAGGAACAGCACGCCGGGACUAUGCAAAAUAAUCGUGCCUCCGGCUCCGAAGAGGCCGCCAAUCAUCCCUUCAAGGACCUUACGCAGCCGAGCCUCAACGAGCCGCUCAAGCAACACAAUGGCGUCACGCUUAAGCUCGUGCAGACGGUCUCCGAGUUUGCCCAGGAGUUGGGCACCGCGAUGGAGAGCCACUCUGCAAACGUGCGACGUCUGGUCGAUGAAUUUCGUAGCCGAUCGGGCGACUCGAGAACCGACGUCGGCGGCAUGCGACGCGUUUGGGAGAAUUUGUUGCGGCAAGUCGAGGCGGAUGCUGCAUCUCAUCUCGAUUUGGCCGCGGUGCUACAGCAACAAUUAUCGAGACCCACCUUAGAGGCGAGCUUUCAUCGAAAACUGCAAUCGAGGAAGGUAUUCGCCCAUCGCGACGCUUACGAGCAGGUGGUUAGCAAAACGGAGGAGAAGCUGCAGCGGGCGAGAUUAGAUUACAAGCGCGCCUAUGGCGCGUUGCUAACCAACGAUGGCAGUGGCGUCGAGCAGGAAUUGAAGCGCGCUUACUUGGAAUCGCACAACGCCUAUAUUCUGCAGCUACGAGCCACGAACGCCAUCACCGAGCGUUAUCAGUCCCAUUGUCUACCGGGGCUGUUAGGCGAGAUUGCCGAGGUCUACGAGGAACUCUGCGGAUUGGCCUGCAAAUGCGUUGCCGGUAUUUCGGAGGCGGCCGGGGAGCGAGCCGGCGAGCAGGCCAAGCGUUAUCAGGUCGUGUCUAAGGAAGCGCAAGCGGUUGUGCCAUCCAACGAUUUACAGGCCUUGGCGCGAAAUUUGUCCGCAAACGCGACAUCACGGAAACCGCCGCGACGCUUGUACGUCGCGCCGGCACCACCCGAGCAGAUACCGAUGGAGAGAAUCAGUCAAAUACCCACGCUCAGGGACGAAUUGGUACCAACGGGCAUCAGUACGCUCCCUCUCAUGGAAGAUCUCAAACACGAAUAUGACAGCCUCACCCAGGAAAUAGGUCGUCUGCAAGACGCUCUGGACGCUCUGGUGCGGAUGCAACGCAAGAGCGCCGAGAGUAAUCUUUACACAAAAGUGGCAGAGCUGCAAGAAGAUAUUUCUCUCAAGCGUUUCGACCUCGGUGUGGCGCAAUUACGUCUAGCCGCGGUGCAAGCACAGAAGGAACUUUUUGGGGGUGGGGAGGCCAGUCAACCGGAUGGGCUGGCCAGUCGGAAAAUGUCAAACGGCUCGACCGGAAGUCCCAAGCUCAAAUGGCUGAAGGCUUUCAAAAGCCUAAAAACCAGCUCGCCUACGACGCCGCCUCUGUCAGACAAAGGAAAGCAGGCGACCAUGUACCACGCAGUUUCUACCGUCGUCGCCAUGUCCAGGAAAAGCCUCGAGUCCGAGGGCGGACACACGUGGCGCGAGUACACAUACCGCAAGAUCACGCCGUGUGACGCGUGCGGCCAGGUGCUGCGCGGUCACAGCCGCCAGGGCGUUCGGUGUCGAGGCUGCAAGGCCAACGCGCAUACGGAUUGCAUCAACAUGGUACAACCGACAAUGUGUCCAAGCCUGGCGCCCAAGAAGAGCGGCGGGAUACCGCUUCUGCGUCGACAAAAGACGCAAGUACCCGCUGACGAGAUGCCGGCAUCGUCCGAGCACAACGUGGACGCCAUAUACCAGGUGCUGAAGCAAGCAGGCGAGAUCCGUGGAAACUCGACAAACUCACCACCUACGCCUCCCACAGCAGAACAUCUCCCCUCCGGUGCAGCACCUUUGUCAGCGAGGGCUUCCUCCCAUCCCUGUUCCUCGUCCACCUCUGCACCGCAUAGUCCGCAACGUAGACGCGAGAGGCUGAAUUUAAGGAUGAAGAGCCUCAGCUUGGAUUCACCGGAAGGGACUGCGCACGUUCGGCAUCGCCCACGAGAUUACUACCAUGCUACUAGUGCGAGAGAGACCACCCCACCCCGACAUUCUGACAGCGGCAGUAUCAACAGGCUGUCGCCCUGCAGCCCGGGCCAGACACACGGCGUACACAAGCACGUGCGAAGUGCUAUUCGGAUGUCGAGUAUGGAGCUGCCGGACGAGAACGAAAAAUCAUACUCGUCGGCGAGUACGUCACCGUGCCCCUCCCCCCACACCAACAAUCAAAAUCACCUAAAUCCACCCGGUGGUAAACGUGUACUACCACCGAACAAUCUUUACGUCGUGCUAUACAACUUCGAGGCACGACAUCCGGAUGAGCUAGAUCUUAAGGCCGGUUACAAGAUUACCGUGAUUGAUAAAUCAGAGAAAGACUGGUGGAAAGGGAAAUGUCUUGGUGGCCGUGCCGGUUAUUUCCCAAGUGCGUAUGUUAUGCGUGUUGAAUCCGGUCAAAGAACUCUUCAAGUUACACGCAAUCUGCAGCUGGCUGAUCAAACUACUCUGCUGCGAGAUCAGAUUGUGAUUCAAGUGGGCGAAGAGAUGGAUGGAGUGGCAAUGGUGAGAUGCGCAGCGGACGUACGUUCUGCCGAUCACACGGGCAAAGAGGGUGACGUGCUUUACAAGGAGAUCCUCUGUCCCCUCAAGUAUCUGCAAGAGGUGUGACAGCAGCCUUACCAUCUUCAUCAGAAGACGCGUAAUGG